AUGACUGAACCGGAUCAGUGCAUCAUAUGCCUGGAGUCGCUGCAGCACCCCUCGUUGCAGCAGCAGCAGCAGCAACAGCAACAGCAACAGCAGCAAGACGCUGCUGCUGAAAACGUAGCGGGCCCAGCGGCUGCAAAAGCAACAGCAGCAGCCACCACCACCACAACAAUACAACCAACAUACCGUACCAUCGACUCAGAUCUCGAAAUACUAGAAGAACCAGAGUCAAAUUACAUUGCUACCCUCGUUGGCUGCAAUCACGUUGUCCACGAUCAGUGCAUCAGAAGUUGGGCCAAGAACUCCAAUACUUGCCCCAUCUGCCGUACACCCUUCAAUGAGGUCAGCCUCUCAUCUGAGCUCAACGGCCCCCCUAUCGAUUCGUACGCUGUUCAAGACAAGAAGCAAGAGCAGGAGUUUGAUAUCCACAGAUGGCUUCAGGAGAACCCCGAGGGCGAGGGCGAGGAGCCGAGUCCUGCCUGUCCCAUAUGCGAGUCCUCGGAUCAUGAAGAGGUGCUGCUUCUCUGCGAUGGCUGCAACGCAGCCUAUCAUACACACUGUAUCGGCCUGUCUGGUGUUCCCCAGACCGAGUCCUGGUACUGCUUUGAGUGUGAUGAGAACAACAAUGCCAGCCGAUCCAGCCCUAGUGAGGCUUCGGAUGUCGAAGUGAUCCAGUCACGGCCUUUGAACCCAGCUGCACGCUCAGCAAACCGACGAAACGUUACCGCUCAAAGAGGCUUGUUGCGAACCCAGUUGCAAGCUAGAAAUGCACGACGCGAGGCAAGAUCCCUCGAGUGGCAGGGUGCAUGGGACCGGAUUGCGAGUCGCAUUUACGAUGCUACUGACAUCGACCUCGACAACCACGAAGACGAAGACUUAUUCCAGGGCUUUCGCCGCGCCCAGGCUCAGAGAGGACACUUUCGCGAUAUCCAAGAACACCAAGAUUGGGAGCAGCGCAUGAGCAUCGCCAGUCGUCUAGGCGCCAGAGACGUCUUUGCAAGAAAUAUUCGCCCAACCGUCGGUCAUCGCCUCGACGGUGGCCCAGUCGAACCCGUCAUGCAACCCCUUCCGCCGGCUCCCGAGACGAGAGAGGAGCAGCAGGCUUGGGGCGCCCUUGAGAGGGCUCGCGAAGCCGAGACGAGCGCUCCCAAUCCCCGCAAGAGAAAGUCGAGAUCUACCACGGCUUCUCCUCAAGAACCCGCUCAGGAACCCGAGCGCAAGCUGAAGCGACCUCGCACACGCCGAUUGCCUUUGCAGGGAGAAGGCUCCGGAUCGGGUUCUGCCUCGGCUUCAGUGUCGGGAUCUGCAUCUGGGUCUGGCACCGCUUCAGGCGUCGGCCCUGCCACUGUGUCCGCACUCGCCCCCGCACCUACGAUAACUUCGUCACCCGCGCCGACGAGUGUUCUGGCAUCGAGGCCUCAGACGAACGGCGUCACGCAGCGCGUCCAGUCCCCCAUCAACACAGAGCCUGGACCAUCAUUCCUGUCGUCGCUGCUUAAGGAGGUGGAGAUGAGCGCACCUUCCGACGACGAGACUGUGCGGAAUUAUUUCGGUACUCGCUCUGGUGUUGACCCCUCUUCACCAGUCACAUCCCCCUCGCCAUCAUCACGAAACUCACCGCGGGCGCUUUCUCUCACCCCGCCACCCCAUCCCCGGCCCAGCUCACCUACGCUAUCUCUGAGCUCCUAUGUGGAACCACGGUUCCCCAAGGCCAACUACUCGCCGACUCGAAACGCUGGGGACAGUAGUGACUCUGACAGUCGAUCGAACGGCGCGGAAAUUCGCCAGCCUCGCCCACAGCGACCGAACCGUCAGCGACCGACCUUUGCUCGGUCUCAGGAUUCGUCGCCUACGCGAUCUGCCAUCCCCUUUGAGACCAAGGAAAGAAUCAGCGGCAUCGUCCGGGCUGCCCUCAAGCCCCAUUGGCGCGCAAAGGAGCUCACCACCGAUCAAUAUGCAAACAUCAACCGAGAUGUCUCCCGCAAGCUGUACGAGGGCCUUCGCGAUCCGCAGACGCUGGACGAUGAUGCCAAAAAGACGUGCGAAAAGAUCGCUACCAAAGAGGUUGCACGUGCGAUUGAGGAACUCAAGGCUUGA